UCAUGGGCAAAAUCUUUGAAGCUGUGGUGACGAUUAUUUUCAGGGAUUUAUCAAACAAUGAACUUGGAAAUCUGCCGCCGUACAUUUUCAGGAACAUUACAGCGGUAGAAUUUCUGAAAAUGGACUACAACAAAAUUGAGAAGCUUCAUGAAGAUCAGUUCCAGGGCUUGGUGGAGCUGUUCGAUUUAUAUCUCUCAGAGAACAAAAUCGAGGCUCUGCCUGACAAAAUUUUCAAGGGCCUCAAAAACCUCAAAGCUCUCAAUAUCUUCGGCAAUAGGAUACAAAACGUUACCAGCACGACUUUUAACUAUGCCCACGAAUUGCGAUUUUUGUAA